AUGGUUGUAAUGGUGGAAGAAGAGGAAGAGGAAUGGAAAGAGGACAAAGAAGUGCACAUUAUGAGGGCAAGCGAGAAUUAUCCUCUUAGCGUCCCCCGCGCGGCUACCGACAGCCUGGAGGUGCGCGAAGACCGGGGGCGGGGACCAGGGGGAAGAACCUUAGGGCGAGGAGCAGGGCGCGGGGGGCAAGGAGCAGAGAUAGUAAUGAAGGCGAGCACAGCGAGGGGCGGCGAGUCUCUGGAUGUCACCACCUCAGAAGAACACACUAGUAGAGAGUCACAUUCGCUGAACCUUUCCAGUGACGCCUUUGCCAAACUGGAUAACAUGAUAUAUUUGCGGAAGCUUUUAAAACAAAUAUCACACUCUCACUCUUGUACCUGCUACUCUCUUCAGCGAGAAAGAAAAGGCCAGGAAGAGAAAGACGAUGAAGAAGAAGAGGAAAAAAAAAAUGAAAAAUGAUAAGACAAAAGGGAAGAGGAACAAAAAAAAGAAGAAGAGGAAAAAAGUGAAGAAGAAGAAGAAAGAAAAAUAGAGAGAAGUACGAAGAAACAGAGAGAGAGAGAGAGAGAGAGAGAGAGAGAGAGAGAGAGAGAGAGAGAGAGAGAGGAGCCCAGAAGGAAAGAGAGGUUAGAGUCAAGAGGGAAGAGGCCGCCUGAAGGUAGAAAAGCGCCUGCCUCAAGUGUCCUGGUCAAGAAAGGCCCACGAGAUCUCCAUUAA